CGGUUUGAGUUCUUAGCUUCUGUGAACAUUGGGAUUUUAUUUGAGUCCGGCUGCUAGGAACUGUUUGGUGCUGAAGGCCGUUCGUUGCAUCUCAUUUAAAACUGGAUGUAUUGACUGCUGAGGCUAGCUGCUGAUCUUUUGGUGAUUGCUGCUAUAAUGGUUGAAUAUUUUGUAUGAUAGUAGACAAAGGAUAAAUAGAGUCUGAAAUCCGAUUGUUUAAUCUUGAAGCGCUAUCAGCCAUGGAAUGUAACAAAGAGGAGGCUAUCAGAGCAAAGGGAAUAGCUGAACAGAAGAUGCAAAAUGGUGAUUUUGAGGGUGCAAAGAAGUUUGCACUGAAGGCCCAGAAAUUGUUCCCUGAACUUGACAACAUAUCACAAUUGUUGGCAGUAUGUAAUGUUCACUAUUGUGCUAAACACAACAUACACGGGUCAGAAAAGGAUUUGUACGGGAUUCUUCAAACUGAACAGUCGGCUGACGAGAGUUCAAUCAAGAAGCAGUUUAGAAAGCUCGCAUUAUUGCUUCAUCCAGACAAGAAUAAAUUUCCUGGUGCUGAGGCUGCUUUUAAGCUGAUUGGGGAAGCAAACAGGGUACUUACAGACCAAAAGACACGUUCUCAAUAUGAUUUGAAGUGUAGAGUCUCGGUGAAAACUAUACCAAAGCCAACUUCUCACCCUUCAAAUAAGGCCUCCACUGGCAACAGUCAGUCUGAUUUUACUAACAACUACAAGAAUGGUUAUUCAAAGUUCACAGCAUCAAAUUCCUAUCAGCAGGCACAACAUCUAACAUUUUGGACCAGCUGCAGUGCUUGUGGUUUCAAGUUCCAGUUUAACAAAGAUUUUGUGAACAGGAUGUUACCUUGCCUUUCAUGUAGAUGUAUCUUCAUUGCCCACGACUUGGGUCCUCAGGGAUACCCAUGGAGUCAGUUCUCCAGUCAGAACCCUUGUAACUCAUUUUCGCAACACAAUAGUGGCAAGCCUUCUGGUGUCCACUUUCAGCAUAACUUUGCUGGGUCUGCUCCUAUUCCAAAGGCAGGAAGCUAUCAGGUUGGUGAUUCUAAGAAACAAGAGAAAGUAGGUGUUAAAAUGAACCAGUCUAAGGAGGGUUUUACAGCUCAGAAAGAUGAGUUUUCAAACAUGAGAGAUAGAAAGAAAGGUGUUGAAAUGCCUGAGCCCACUGUGGCGAAGCCCAACGAAUCAGGAACUUCAAGAAAUGCCAGGAAGAAGAGGAGAAAGUCAGUAGAGCAGUCUGAUGAAAGUUGUGAAACUGGUGGUGGAAUCAAAGUUGAAAAUGUGGUUAGUAAGGAAGAUUGCAAUAAUAGUACUGGGGCAAACUCAGAAGUGAGUGGAGGCAAUCCUCCUAGGAGAUCUUCACGGCAAAAACAACCUGUUUCUUAUGAGGAAAAGUUGGCGGAUGAUGAUGAUUUUGAAAGCCCUUAUAAAAAAUCUAAGGUAAUGCCACCACCCAAAGCUAAUGAGGAAAAGUUGGAUGAUGAGGUAAUGAAAAAGGAUAACUCUGGUGGUUACACUGCUGCAGAUGUAUGUAAGAAAGAAGGCGAACAGAAAGCAAAUGCCCCUCCUGAAGAUGAUGUCCUGAUCAAGAAAAGGAAAAUUGGAGAUUCUAAAGGGAAGGAAGAGGAAACUGUUAUACUUGAUAACAAUAAGGUGCACCAGUUUGAUAGCAGUUUUGAGUCAAGUAGAGAUGUGAAUUCAUCUCGGGAACUUGAAUAUCCUGAUCCGGAGUUCACUGAUUUUGAAAAGUACAGGGCGGAGGACUGUUUUGCCGUUAAUCAAGUCUGGGCUAUAUAUGACACAUUGGAUGGCAUGCCAAGAUUUUAUGCACGGGUGAAGAAGGUGUAUGUUCCUGGCUUCAAGCUACAAAUUACUUGGCUAGAGUCUGACCCGGACGAGGAAAAUCAGCAGAACUGGGUCGAUCUGGAUCUGCCUGUUUCUUGUGGCAAGUACUGCAAUGGGUCAUCAGAGACAUGUGUAGAUCGUCUAAUGUUCUCCCAUCAGAUAGACCCCAUAAAAUGUUCCAGAAAAUGCUUUUUUGUUUAUCCUCAAAAAGGGGAAACUUGGGCUCUCUUCAAAGAUUGGAAUGUUAAAUGGGUUUCAGAGCCAGAAAAGCAUAAACCACCAUAUGAAUAUGAUUUUGUUGAGGUUCUUGCUGAUUUUGAUGAGGAAGCUGGCAUUGAGGUUGCCCAUCUGUGUAAAGUGAAAGGGUUUGUCAGUAUUUUCCAACAAGCUGAACAUGAUGGGGUUGUCUCAUUUCAUAUAUCAUCAUGUGAGCUUUAUAGAUUUUCACAUCGAGUUCCCUCACUCAGAAUGACUGGCAACGAAAGAGCAGGUAUUCCCAUGGGAUCUUUUGAGUUAGAUCCCGCUGCUCUUCCUACCUACCUUUUUGAGCUGGUUGAUUCUAAUGAUAUGAAGCUGGGUAAUCACAAUGCCGAAAAUUGUUCCGGUCCUAUUCAUCCUCGCAAUCAAGCAAAAGCUACAAUAGAUUCAGAGAGUAAUCUAACUUUUGUAAAUAAUCAGAAGGGUAACAAUAAAAAAGAAGCCUCUGCAUCCAGAAUAUCUACAAGGGGAUCACGUUGUAUGCUUGAAGAUCAUGGUCAAGUUGAUGCAGUUCAUUAUAAGAAUGAGGAUGAUAGUUUUGAAGCUAUACGUGAUUGCAACUUGACUCAGCCCAAAGGAAGUUUUAUUUCAGAUGAUGCUAUUGAGAAGACGAGCACCCUAAAAAAGAGUGAGAAAAUUUAUCUCUCUACAGAUUGCCUAAAACCUCGUAAGUCACCGAGAGACUUGAGCAGAAGCAGUCAAGUAAAUGCAAUUCAACAUGACACUGGGGAAGAUGACAAGAAACAUUCAGUUUCCAACAAAAAUGAAAAGCCUGGCAGUUUUGGUAAUACAGAAGGAAUAAUUUCCUUGAAUCCGCCUGUUGGAAAGAUGCGUCUACACGAGAGGGAUGAUAGUACAGUUGAUUUUACUAAAAGCUCUAGUGUCUCUACACUGACAUCUCCAGCACGGAAAACUUCAAAUUUAGAGUGCUACGAUUUUAAGGGGGAGAAAUCCGUGGACAAGUUUGCAGUUGAUCAGAUAUGGGCAUUGUAUUGUGGGGAUGGAAUGCCAAAGGACUACGUGCAAGUUAAAAAGAUCAAAGCUACUCCUGAUUGCAAAUUGCAUGUAGCACUGCUGGAGGUGUGCUCAAGACCCAAAGACUUGAAACUGCCCAUUUGUUGCGGGAUAUUCAAAGUUAAAAAUGGUCAAACUAAAAUUGUCUCCUGUAAUGAUGUCUCACAUCAAGUAAGAGCUGAGCCCAUAGGGAAGAACAAAUACAAAAUUUACCCUAGAAAGGGGGAGGUUUGGGCAAUAUAUAAGAGUCUGAACCAUGCGGAUUCAGACUUGGGUAAAGUUGAUUGUGACAUUGUGGAAGUAUUGGAAGAUAAUGAAAAGAGCAAGAAAGUUAUGGUUCUCUCAUGCGUAAACAGACCUAAAUCACUUUAUAGGGCUCCAAGAAGUCAAAGAUCUACUGCCGAUGUUCAUGUGAUUCUGGAGACUGAAUUUGCCAGAUUUUCUCAUCAGAUUCCAGCUUUCCUGCACACAGAAGACCAUAGUCACUGGAGAGGAUAUUGGGAGCUUGAUCCCUCUGUCAUUACCGGUAUUACUAGUUUAGACGGAACUGCUAUUCUCUCUUCUCAGUGUAACCAGGAGAUUCUCUGAGUAUGCUCCAUGGGAGAAAACGGGAAAAACUCGGUGGAAACUUAAUUGAUUUUGCCCCCCUUCCGGAUAUCUUGCAUGGCCUUUACCAGUAGCCAUUUUGUUUUGGCCAUAACUGAUAUUUAUGUCUUUCAGAUGGUGAACUAAUGCAUUUCAUUUUGAUUUUCAGUUGCAAACUUGCAGUGAUGAUGAUUUGAAUUCUCAUAUGAUCUGCAUCAGGGCUUA